CGACUCUGAUAUUGAAGUACCUCGUGUACCGGGUAAUCGAGCAAUGUUUUGUACCAUCCUUACUUAGAAACCGAACGGUCACGCGAAGUGUGACAUUGCCUUAGAGCCACCAAGUGGCUGUCUGAAAUCAAAAUAUGUUUUUUUCAGCGAUAAAGGGAUUUUUGUGCGCUCCUUGAGUCAUCUUCAGAAUUUGACCUACUUUGACCUGAUAUACCUUCAGAUGCUAUUACUACAUUUAGUUUGAUAGUUUCUCGCGUAAUCUGAGCUUUCCAGGAUAGAUAAUGGGCUUCUUUGAAAACUUCAGCUUGAUUUUGCUGGUGAUUUGUUCUUUAGAGGGUGUUUCCACAACAAGUAACCAAUCAUCUUUCCAAGUAGUCUGUGACUUUGGCCAUUCACAUUACUUGACAAGCAACACAGUUACAGUGAAUGGGUCUUUGACCUCACACUUCAAUAAUGCAAGAAAAUGUCACGUGAAACGCCACAGCAAAUCAGCUAUUCUUCGCGUGACGUUAGCUGAGUUUGAUUCUACAAGCAACAUAAGUGCACUCUACUCUAUGGUUCUUGAAAACUUGAAUGUCUUGUUUGUAGGGGUAGCUCAGAGCAAUGGCUUGCAAGAUAAAUUGCAGAAGUAUCACUUUCAUGCCUGCCCUCAGUCUUUGAUGCAAGAGCCCUUAAGUACAAUGGAUCUUGACCUACUGUUCUUUGGAGCUCCUGCAAAUGCAUCUUUUAAAUUAGAGAUUGAGUUGGAUAACUCAGUGUUAACUCCUGGUGAAUUAGCCAAUGUUUCUGUUCGUGCUGAUGGCUUAACUGAAGUCAAAACAUUUGACAUUGCAGAGGAUCAGCUCUCAAGAUUAGUUCAAAUCACUGUGUCAUCAGAUGAUGCUGAAAUGGAAUGUGUCUUGGUGGUGUCACAAAGCUGUUUUGCAACGCAAAGUGAAGGACUUGCUGAGAAGAGCUCUGAUGAUGAAAAACAAGCAAUUCAACUCACCUUUACAGAGUCUGGACGCAUCACUUUGUCACAGUAUUCAAGACCCAAAAUUAUGACAGGACGUUGGUAUAUUGGACUGCGCAGCUCCCUUACUAAGAAAAAUAGUGACCAACAGAAGAUGGUGACAGUAUCUGUGACUCAAGGAUAUAAAUAUGACACCCUUGGAAAAGCCCGUCCUGCUGCAUAUAUGUGCAUUGUUGCUAUACUUGGUGGUCUUGCCAUCAGCAUUUUUGCUCAUUUCUUUCUUAACUCUGACUUUGAUGAGUGCAAGGUUCCUUUUCAUUUGGAAAAUACUGCUGCUGAAGGGAGAGCAAGGACUGCGAGCAAGGGGAUCUUAGAACAUGUGCCUGAUCCAAUACCAUGGAGGACUAUCCCUCUGAAGCGAUGGAUGGAAAUUAUCUGCAUAGCAUGGUUUAAACAAGGUGUAAAAACAUAUCCCUACUUGACUGGAGUUCUUGCCAUCAGUUUCAUGGUUGGCUCUGCCCAGUUUGUGAUUGCACGCUGGUCAAACAUGAUUGAAGAAGGAAAUCGUGACCUCUGCUAUUACAAUGAGCUUUGUUACAGGCCAAUUGCUGUAGCAGACCUUCCCUCUAAUUUCAUGCUCAGUAAUGUUCCUUAUGUCAUUCAUGGUAUCUUUUUGGCCUUGUCAUUUUCCUUCCGGGAAGCAAUUACUUUUGAGGUAAAUAAAUCUGGUCACAAAUAUGCUGUGAGAGGGACAUAUGCCAAAUGUUUUAGGCCAUAUGAUUACUCUGUGGCAUAUGCCUUGGCCUGGGCAUUGGUUUUUGAGGGCUUGUUUUCAGCCACAUAUCACCUCUGUCCUUCUCGACUCACAUUUCAAUUUGAUUCUGCCUUUAUGUUUAUAAUCUCGGGUUUAGUUGUGAUUGCUCUUUACAACUGCCGCGUAAGAAGUGAAAAUCUUCUGGAUAAUGAUGAGGCCCCUUCAAAACACCCUAGUGAAACAACAGUUCAGGCACCCAAAUAUUUCUUGUUCUUUGUUGCACCACUGCUGGUGUUUAACUAUGUUGGAUCUGUGCGGGAUACCAAUGGUCUUCCACAAUUUUUUGAAGUUGCCUACUGGAUUGCUUUGGUCAUUUGGUUGGUGGUGAUGUAUAUUUGGACCUUCCAGAAAGUUGGUGUGCCAUGCAGGUGGAAGAAUUGUAGCAGCGAUGAGAAAUGCUGGUCAGUGGAAGCUUUUGUGAAGUGGACCUGGAUAAUUAUAUUUCCACUCUGUUUGCUGAUUAUUGGUUUUAAACAGAGAGAUGAUUGGUCUCAGUUUUUCUUGUUUUCGUGUGUGGCUGCAGUGGCUCUGACUAUCAUCGGCUUGAUGAGCUUUAAUGCAGCUGUGUCUUUUAAGAGGCAUAGAAGUGAAGGUGGAAAUUUCCGCAGUGGAAUGAAACAGCUUUGUAGCCUGAGCCGCAUUUUUGAGAUCCUUUGGAGCAACUGGCAUCGUUUGCUAUUCAUGAUUGUGAAUUUCUUCUUCUGGGUUUUUGCCAUGUAUUUUUUCAAAAUCAAGUCCACCACAAAGAAAACCUCUACUCCAAGCUUCUCACGUUCUCGCAAUGAAGAAUGCGUCUUGUGGGACUUCUUUGAUUACCAUGACAUCUGGCACAUGCUGUCUUCGUUUGCCCUGUUCAUGAGUGCAUAUCUGUUGAUUUAUGUCACCAGGAAAGUGGAGAUUUACUACUAUGUGGAAAACUUGUACUGGAAAAGUAAAAGAUCUGCAAACCAUGAAACAACAGGAAGUACAGAGAAGAUGUUUUCGCCAAAACAUGAUGGUGAGUCCAUAGAUCGCCCGUCCGACAACAAAGGGUCGACGACAAGUGAGGUAUAGACCUCUGCGCUUUUAACAGAUCCUGACAUGGAAUAAAAAAGACUGACGAGGCGUUGUACGUCGACUUUUCUUUCUACAUGUUACUGCAUGCAUAAAAAACAGGAAUAAUGAAUGGAGAUGCAAAUAUUAGGAUAAAGCUUUGUCGAAUAGUCGAAGAACUUUGAGUGUUUGUUAACGUUUUGCUUUCUAGCAAAAGUGAAGCUGAGAACAGCGUAGAUAUGAAUGAAACUUUAAAUCAUAGUUUUCUUUUCCACCGGAGGUCGAAGCAGAGGCAAUUUUUUUAUUCCAAGGUGUGGCUCCUCUUAGUAUAUUAACCAAUAGACCAACAAGUUCUCAU